UUCCUUCACACCUUCCGCGGCGCGGUCCGCCCACAGGUCGCCAUUGGUGGCUUCUGAGUUUAAAGCUGCCUGAAACCUCACUGUGCACUUCUGACCUUACUGUUGAACAUACUGUAUGCACUCAACACAAGGAAACUAAGCAGAGUACAUUCAUUGAAGGAGGUUUCCAGGCCACCCAGAGGUUAGAUUCAUCGGUGAUCACCAAAGACACGCGCGCGCUGCGUGUAGGAGAUGAGCAGUCCCGAUGCGGGUUACGCCAGUGACGACCCGAGCCAGACCCGAGGCACCAGCUCAGUCAUGAUGCCUGGCGCGAGGCAGUGCGCGUGGGUGGACCCGCUCAGUCCGCCCUCGGACUCCAAAGCAAAGCACGAGACUCCCGGGCGCGCGAAGAGCGAGCCGCGCAUCCGCAGGCCGAUGAACGCGUUCAUGGUGUGGGCGAAAGAUGAGCGCAAGAGGCUCGCGCAGCAAAACCCGGACCUGCACAACGCAGAGCUGAGUAAAAUGCUUGGUAAGUCAUGGAAAGCUUUACCAAUGGUGGACAAACGUCCGUUUGUGGAGGAGGCCGAACGCCUGCGAGCGAAACAUAUGCAAGACCACCCGAACUACAAAUACCGGCCACGGCGUCGCAAACAGGUGAAGCGGACGAAGCGUCUGGACUCCGGCUUUCUGCUGUCAGGGCUGGGCGACGCGCAGGCGCUCCUGGGCAUGGAGGGCGUGGGUUACUCAGGACUGCCUCCGUACAGCGAGAGCCAGUCGUUCGAGUCCUACAGCCUGCCGACACCCGACCCGUCUCCGAUGGACGCCGGGGCCACGGGGUUUUCUGGCCAUCUUCAGGACAGUCACCAGCAGUCAUCAUGCAGAUACCAUCAACACUUCCAGGAACACGGCAUCACUUACACACACACCGAUCCCAACCAAACACAGCUCAAUCAGCAGCUUUAUAACGAGAGUCACAAUAACUCCAUCUCUCACAGCAUUUUUAACAGAAGCCUUUCUUCUUCUUCUUCUCAUCAAGCUUUCCCUUCAACUUUAGACGUCUUCUCCAACUCUCAGCCGAAGCGUCCCUUUGAGGAAUCUUCCUUUCAUACACACAAACACGCCCUGACUGAUCCACACUCGCAGGCCGGUGCCGGUCAGAUGGUGGAUGAGGUGGAGUUUGAUCAGUGUCUGAUUUACGGGGUCCCUCAGGCUCCUCUGCAGGGGUCCGAGCUCAUCUCCACCGUACUGUCUGACGCCAGCAACGCUGUGUACUACUGCGGCUACAGUAACUCCUGAGCAGACUGGACACUCUUUUUGAUAAAACCUGAAUAUGAACUUGAUUAAUCACACUGAUUAUUUUUUAGUUUCAAUCAACAACUUGUCUAAUUUCCCACAGAGGCCCUUCAUUUGUUUUCAGACUUGUUUCAGUAGCUGAACCCAUUAAAACGGCAGAGUUUUGUUCGUUUGUUA